UGUUUUUUUCCAGUUAACAUCAUAUUAAAGUAACAUUAAUUAGUCAUCAUGUUAACAACAAAGGCUGUGGUGGCAUCAAGACUUGUCGCCCAGGCUCGUCAACAAUUUCAAAAGACAGCAGCAAUUCAGGACAGAGAAUACCAUAAGAAUGUUAUUGAUCAUUAUGAGAAGCCGAGAAACGUUGGCACUUUGGACAAGAAACUAAAAAAUGUUGGUACGGGACUGGUUGGUGCACCUGCUUGUGGUGACGUCAUGCGUCUGCAAAUUGAAGUUGAUGAUAAUGGAAAAAUUACAGAUGCGAAGUUCAAAACAUUUGGAUGUGGUUCUGCGAUUGCCUCAAGCUCGCUUGCUACUGAGUGGAUAAAGGGAAAAAGCAUUCAGGAAGCUGCAACAAUCAAGAACACUCACAUCGCAAAAGAGCUUUCACUCCCACCUGUCAAGCUUCAUUGUUCUAUGUUAGCGGAAGAUGCCAUACAAGCGGCUCUGAAGGACUAUAAUAUCAAACAGUCCCCUAUGAAACCAGACCAGUAAAAUGUUGUACAUAAAAUGGAGUAAAAGUGGGCUAUCAAGAUUAUAUAUUUUUCAUUUGAAUUUUUACCAAUUAUAUAAUGCGGUCUUGAUAAUUACCAAAUUAAGCAAAAAUUGCCACGAUUUAUGCUUAACACAAACUAAAGUGCUCAAAAGAUAUUAUUAUUGAUCUUAACCUAUGUAGUGACAAAAACAUUCAUUACUGCCUUUGAAAAUUUGUUAGGGUGAGGUCGAGCCAAGGCUAUAUCCCAUUUCACUUCUCUUCUCACUCUUAUUAUUGCGUACUUAGGGAUAGAGUGUUAAAAAGUAAUCAUCAUUACCUGUCACCACCAUUAUAUUUCUUGUUUGGUUUUUGAUAUUUUUAGAGCAAGGUGUUGUGUUCUUCCCGUGAUCAUGUAUAUAGAUUUGAUUGGUUUUGAACUUCUCUUUAAAAUAUACUCAUUUUAUAUAAGCCAAUGUACAUACUCCUUCGAUGAAAAGACCCAUCUUCGGAUGUUAAAGUUGGGUAGAGUAUUACAGUAUAAUACCCCCAGUAAAGAAUAACUGUGUCCUGCAGUUUGAAAGUAACUCAUGAUGAUUCUGCAUGUAUUUGAAUGCAAUUGUUUUGUUUUUCGUAAUAUAUUACUGGUGUCCUCAU